CCCCGCCAUACCAUCUAUGUAGCAGCCUUUCCCUCUUCAACCCCACCCAAAACUAAACCGCCAAAAAAGCUCCAUCCAUCAUCGACAUCUCAAACACCAUCGCAUAAUACCUACCAAACCAAAAAAGAACAACUUCAACACCCCCCCCCCCCCAAACCGCCGCAAUGGGUCGCGAAGAGCAGGUCGAAGAGCGUGAAGUGCUCGAAUCCAUCUUUCCCGACGAAAUCACAGACAUCUCCGAAACCGAAUUCAGAAUAAAAGUCACCCUCGACAUCCUCUCCUCCCCCUCCAGCCCGCCGCACGCCUACUUCAACGUCAGCGAAGACCGCGACAAGCUGCUCGCCGACGUCGCCGACACAAUCACCGAGAACCUCGGCAUGGCCAUGGUCUUCACGCUCUACUCGUCCCUCAAGGAAGCCGCCGAGCAGCUCGUCCAGGACCGCAAGGACGCCGCCCAGCGGGCCCUCGAGGAGGAGCGGCUCGCCGCCGAGAGGGAGGAGAACAAAAAGUUCCACGGGACGCCCGUCACGCCCGAGACGUUUAUGAAGUGGCGCGAGGGCUUCCUCAGGGAGAUGGAGGAGAAGAGGGUGCGCGAGGAGGAGGAGCGGUUGGCGGAGAUGAAGAAGGCGAGGAUCAAGGAGCCGGUGAGGCUGACGGGGAGGCAGCUCUGGGAGAGGGGCUUGGCUGGGAAGGGCGAGGAGGAGGAUGAGGAGGAGGGGCUUGCGGAUGGGGUUGAGCAGCUCAAGGUUGAGGCUGUGUGAGUUGGGAAGGGCAACGCUAUUGGGUAUAUAUCACAUAUAUGGAGUUUUUUCCUUUGCUGCGUUUAUGACUUUACACUUUGGGGACUUGUCGCAAGAACAAGAGCUUUAUACCAGAUGACGAGAGGUUAGAUUC